AUGGAACAGAAAUCUAUUCUAGAAGUAGAAGUAUUCGACUGUUGGGGGAUAGAUUUCAUGGGUCCUUUCCCCUACUCCUACGGGAAUAAAUACAUCAUGGUUGCUGUCGAUUAUGUGUCAAAAUGGGUCGAAGCAGUAGCUUCCCCAACGAACAACGCAUCCGUAGUUAUUAAGCUUUUCAAAAGCAUUAUCCUCCCGAGAUUUGGAAUUCCUCGAAUAAUCAUAAGUGAUGGUGGAUCCCAUUUCAUUAACAAAAUUUUUGAAGGACUACUUCGGAAGAACGGAGUGCAUUAUAGAGUUCCUACACCCUACCACCCGCAGACGAGCAGGCAGAUGUAUGAAAGGAGGACGAAGCAGAGGUUCGAGGUCGGCGGCAGCAGCACAGCUCCGCCACUACCACCGGUCUCCAUCGAGCCGACGCGGUUCGUCGAUCCAGACGUCAUCCCGGAUUUGGGCAUCAAAUCGGACCUCGAGGACUUGUUCGCAGAGCUGGGUAUGGGGAACAUGGCCACUAACCCACAUGUUCUCUACCCGGAGAUGGUCCGUCAGUUCAUGGCCACGGCGAAUUACGAGCGUCAGCGCGCCAUCGUACCUGACUCCGCAGGGAUCUCGACAUUUUGGGGGUACAUAGCCACCGGCUUCUUCGACUCCGCCAAGACUCUUCAGACGGACAUCCGUCAUCUAACUCUGCGCUACUUCAUGAAGGUCCUUGCCAACAGUCUGUUGUGCAAGAUGGAACCUAGUAAGGUUCGGGUGCAGGUGCUCACAUUUGUCUAUUACGCGGUGAGGAGUUUGGUUCACAUGGAGGACAUCGAGGAGCCCGCAGACGACAUGUGGCCCAACAUUGGAGCCGUAUUUGCUGAGCAUCUGGUCAAGCUCAAGAUGAAGCCGUUCCAGUCAAAGGGAAGGAAGAAGGAGACGGUCGGAAGCCUACUUACCCCGAUUUUCAUACAUUACGGAGUCCCGUUAGACGAUGCCGAGAAGGAUGAUCAGAUCGUCUACAUGGAUGCAGCGCAUCUCCUAAGCACUCAGUGGCUCAAGGAAGACCGCGACUGGUGCUUCAGGGAUGAGAACGGCACGCACUUGGUGAGGCUGCCACUUCGACCAUGGCCUCACAAGCAUUCAGUUCCGCCCUAA